UUUCGAACCAGCAGCGCGGAUAGCGGGUGAGCGAAGAUGGCGGUGCGGAGAUGCAUCCAGGAGUUGUUUCAGGAGCCUCAGAUUGGCGGUGCCAUCACCUUCGAGCGGCCGGACGCACUGCGGAGUCGCGGCCGCCCGCCCCAGGCGGACACGGGCAAGCUGCGCGGCGCGGAGCCCCAGCAGGAGCCGUGGAACCCCGGGGCCAGGGCGCUGCUGCGCCGCGGGCUCCGGCUGGAGGAUUGUGCCCUGCUCCACUGCCGGAGCUGCCGCGCGGUGCUGGGCGACUCGCUGCACCUCUGCGCCCAGGAGGACCGCUGCCUGCGAGUCCUCGUCUGCUUCAAAGUCACAAAUGAUGUUGUUUUGGAAGAUUCUUUAAUGGUCGGUAUUGAAGGAGCCCUUCUGGGAUGCACUUACUACGCAUUGUACUGUCAUUCAUGUGGAAUAAUGGUGGGCUUCAGCCUCUAUUCUGCCUUCACUGCACUGGCUCAUCUACGAGGCCUCUUCUGUCUUUUCAAGGACAGCAUCCUCUGUUAUCUCUUAAAAACUAAAACUGUAAUAGAGGCCUCUGAGAUGAACUUUCCUGUUUUGAGCCUAAAGGAACACCUGGAAAAACUCAAAGACCAGCUUGUGGCAGUUCAUGCACGCCUAGAGUUACUGAUAAAGAGGCUGGAAGAACUGAACCAACAGACCAAUGUGACUGACAAUCAGGGCUAUGCAUCAAGGACAGCUGACCUCAUGCCAGGGUUUGCAAGAAUCAAGUGAAGCUAUUAAUAUGCCACCAUAGAAUAUGGAACCAUUUGUGAAUCACUGCAUGUUCCUUCAUGGUGGUGAACACAGAGUUUUGGAGUAAUCACUCGUUUCUGAAAAAAUCAGAAAACUAAUUUGCCACUUUUUACAUGCGUGAGCUAUAUUUCAGCAAAAGCUUCUCAAACUGGUCAAGUGGAGGGAUUUUUGAGGUGCAAGGAAGUUUUUCUCCUGGGAAUUCAAAACAAAUACUACUUCUGCUCCUGGAGUUGUAAUACAGCUUGUACUGUGGUUCUUCAUGAGCAAUAUAUGGCUUAAAAAUCAGCUGUUGUAAACUAAGAUUUCAAGGUCCUGAGAGUGAUUCAAAAUAUGCUACCACAUCUUGUUAGUCCAGGUCAGCCAUUAUGCAGUGUUCUUAGUGGGGCUGGAACUUUGUUAUCCCUUUGUGUGGAGCAAAUAUUCACAGGAUUGAAGUCUUGGUUCAGAUGUCUUCCUGUUGAGUCUUGAAUGGGUUCUUUCCCUUGUGGGUAUUUUUUUGGUGUGUAAGUGUGUGAGAGAGCACACUCUUCCUCCUUCCUAGCUGUAGGUGUAGGAGCUACCCCUUAUAUCUGGGAAGAUGAAAGGAGAUUCCCCUUUCCCUCCACAGAAGAUAUAUCUAUGUUUUAAAGCCUCCGCUAAGAUGGGAAAUGGUCAUAUACAAAAUUUCAGGCAUAAAGGAGAAUGUAUUUACGUGCUCAUUUUAAUGUAAUUGAAAAGUGAAAUUUUUUCUGCCAUGCCCUGAGCAAAAGACUACAAUGAGUAUUGUUUUUGACCUGGGUUGAUCUCAACACUUCAUGCUUUUACAGUUAUUGGUUUGUUUCAUUUUUCUCAAAUCAAAUGCAAGGGAAAUGCAAACUUUUAAAUGAGAGAACCCAGUAACCUCUGAGUCUAGGACUGCUUGGAAAAUAGCCCAUGUCAUAAUAAUAGGAUGGUCUACAGCAGUAACUGGUAUUGGAGCUACCACCUAAUAAAACAUGUUGAGUUUGUUUAAUGAUCACAGGAAAUCUUUUGAAGUAUCCAUUCUGGUUAGGCCAAAUACCUGGUGGUAACCUAGAAUAGCAACAGUUACGUUUUUUAGACACUAAAUUCUCCUACUUAAGUUUGAGUAUCUCCUAACCCAGUGCUAAUUCAAAUCUUGUAAAUUGCCUACUGCAUUUAAGAUGUUUGUGUACGCUCCACAACUAUCUCAGGAACUGAUACUCCAAAUGCAUCUUAGCACUUUUCAGUGGUAACAAUUAGUAACUAAAGGUAAAGUUGGAAACUAUGCUUUUUAAAAUAAACAUGAGAUUUUUGUAUAA